AUGGCCCCCGUCACUGUCUCCUCCUCAUCCCUCUCCUCCGGCCCCACCACUCGCCGCGCCCCCCAACCCCUCCCCGCCGACCUACGCGCCUCCCUCACCUCCGCUCUCCUCGCCCAGAACUCCAUCCCCCGCAUCCACCAGACCCUCUCCCACGAGCUCGCCUCCUCGGGCUGGACCAACGCGCUGCGCGAACACGUGAAGGAGCUGCUCCGCAGCGGGCAAGCGCAGAGCUACGGGGAGGUGAUGCGGUUGGUUGUUGAGGGGGCGUUGAAGGAGGAGGGGGGGAAGAAUGGGGAAGAGGCGAAUGGGGAGGGGAAUGGGGUGGCACAGGCGGAGGUGAUUAAGAUUCCGGAGAAGGCGGUGAAGGAGGGGUUGAGGGUGGUGAGGAAGGAGUUGGAGAGGGUGUGUGAGGUGGUGGUGGACAAUUGA